AUGGUCUCGAUUCAAGAAGUUGCGAAACACAAUAAAAAAAAUGAUGUCUGGGUAAUAAUCCAUGGCAAAGCUUAUGAUGUUACCGAGUUCUUACCAAGUCAUCCAGGUGGGACUAAAAUUAUCAUGAGAUAUGCUGGUGCUGAUUGCACAAAGAAGUUCGACCCGGUUCACCCUCCAGACACAUUGGACAAAUAUUUGCCAAAGGAUAAGCAUCUAGGCGAGGUCACUGGUGGUUUGGGUAUCAAAGAAGAGGAAAAAACGAUAGACCCAAAUGAGUUGAAACGUCUUGAUAUGGUCAAGCGUAUGCCUCCUUUGCAUCAAAUCUACAACCUCAUGGACUUUGAAUAUGUUGCUCGUCAUACCAUGGAAGCCAAUGGUUGGGCUUAUUAUUCUUCUGGCUGUGAUGAUGAAAUCACCCUUCGAGAAAACCAUUAUGCUUACCAGCGUAUUUAUUUCAUCCCAAGAAUUCUUGUCAAUGUCACCAAUGUUGAUUUCACCACAACAAUGUUGGGAUGUAAAUCCUCGGUGCCGUUUUACGUCACAGCAACAGCUCUUGGUAAAUUGGGCCAUCAAGAUGGUGAGAAAGUUCUUACUAGAUCCUGUGGGUCUCAUGGUGUUAUUCAAAUGAUCCCUACUCUUGCGUCCUGCUCAUUUGAUGAAAUCGUAGAUGCCGCUUUACCCGAUCAAGAUCAGUGGUUCCAAUUAUACGUCAAUUCUAAUCGUAAAGUGACAGAAAAACUUGUGCGUCAUGCUGAAGCGCGUGGUAUGAAGGGAUUGUUCAUUACUGUUGAUGCCCCUCAACUUGGUCGUCGUGAGAAAGAUAUGCGGUCCAAAUAUCUUGCGGAUGCCGCUGAGGUCCAAGAUGAGGAGAAUGACGGGGAAAUCGAUCGUUCACAAGGUGCUGCUCGUGCAAUUUCUUCAUUUAUUGAUACUGGUCUUUGCUGGGAAGAUCUUAAGUGGUUUAGAAGUAUCACAAAUAUGCCAAUUGUUCUUAAAGGGGUGUUAUCCACCGAAGAUGCUUUGAAAGCCAUUAGUUGUGGAGUUCAAGGGAUCGUAUUGUCCAAUCACGGUGGUCGUCAACUUGAAUUUUCUCGUUCCGGUAUUGAAAUUCUCGCAGACUUGAUGCCAAUUUUACAUAAAAGAGGUCUUACUGAUAAAAUUGAGGUUUUCGUCGAUGGUGGUGUUCGUCGUGCUACUGACAUUCUUAAAGCUAUUGCUUUGGGUGCCAAGGGUGUGGGCAUUGGUAGACCUUUUUUGUACGCCAUGUCUACUUAUGGGGAUAAUGGUGUUAAGAAGGCUUUCCAGAUUUUGAAAGAUGAGUUAUUAAUGAACAUGCGUUUGUUGGGGGUGACAAGCUUGGAUCAAUUAAAUGAGGAUUAUGUGGAUACCCGAGGCUUGCUUAACCGGUUCAAUGCUGGCGAUGAGUUAUUCCAUAAAGUAUAUGAGCCUUUGGAUAAUCCUAAAUUCAAGCCGAAGCUUUAA